AACCUUUCCAUCUAAACAAAUUUUGAACGAGACCACUCCUUCCUUGGUCCUUGCUCAUUAGGACAAGGGCAAUUCAAAGAGCAAAGCAAGGUCAAAUCCGUCAUUAUAGAGAAGAACCAAACCCUAAACCGAAGUCAAGGUUUACCCGGACGUUACAUAGGCUCGUCUCUUUAUUUCUCGUCGCAGUAAGGAAGUGGUAUUAGAGCUUCCUCGCCUUCCUCUCAGGUUACUUUCUCAUUUUUAGAUGCACAUCCCUUGUAAUUUCUUGUCAUCGUCUUGAGUUGUAAACAUGGCAGAUGGAUCACAGUGUCCGUCAGUAUUUCAAAAAAUACAUGGGCAGUCCUACUUCAUAUCCAGGCUUUCUCCUAACUUGCAUGCUCGGAAUUAUAAUGUGACUGGUGAAUUUGCCAAUGGAGGAAUUCAUGUUGCUUUACAGCCAUCACAUCAAGCCACUGGGUUGGCACACUUGUCCCCUGUUUCUACCAUAUUUGUACAAGCUCCAUCAGAGAAAGGCGUUUCUGGUUUUAUGGUGGAUUUUCUCAUGGGAGGAGUUUCUGCAGCUGUUUCGAAGACAGCGGCUGCUCCGAUUGAGCGGGUUAAACUUUUAAUACAGAAUCAGGAUGAAAUGAUCAAAGCUGGGCGAUUGUCUGAACCAUACAAGGGAAUUACUGACUGCUUUGCCAGGACUAUUAAAGAUGAAGGUGUCCUUUCUCUUUGGAGAGGCAACACUGCUAAUGUUCUCAGAUACUUCCCCACCCAGGCUCUGAACUUUGCCUUCAAGGAUUACUUCAAGAGGAUGUUCAACUUCAAGAAGGACAGAGAUGGCUACUGGAAAUGGUUUGCAGGGAAUUUGGCAUCUGGUGGUGCUGCUGGUGCUUCAUCUCUUCUGUUUGUUUACUCUCUGGAUUAUGCGCGGACACGUUUGGCUAAUGAUAAUAAGGCUGCUAAAAAGGGUGGUCAGAGGCAGUUUAAUGGUUUAAUUGAUGUCUACAAGAAGACCAUCCAAUCUGAUGGCCUUGCUGGUCUUUACCGUGGAUUCAAUAUCUCAUGUGUUGGAAUUAUUGUCUACCGUGGACUCUACUUUGGAAUGUAUGAUUCUCUGAAACCUGUUAUUUUGGUUGGUGGAUUGCAGGAUAGUUUCUUGGCAAGUUUCUUACUGGGUUGGGGUAUCACAAUAGGUGCUGGACUGGCAUCUUAUCCAAUUGAUACAGUACGCAGAAGAAUGAUGAUGACCUCUGGAGAAGCAGUCAAAUAUAAGAGCUCAUUGGAUGCAUUUUCUCAGAUAAUCAAGAAUGAAGGUGCUAAAUCACUGUUCAAGGGUGCUGGUGCAAACAUUCUACGCGCUGUUGCAGGUGCUGGUGUGCUUGCUGGCUAUGACAAGCUGCAAGUCAUUUUCCUUGGCAAGAAAUAUGGAUCUGGCGGUGGUGGCUAAUGUUAUCACAUUACUGUGGAAGGUGAUACUGGUAUCUUGAAGAAUGAUUUAGGAUCCCUAGUUCAAUAAUGUGGAUGGAUACAUAGUGAUUUAAUACGAAAGGGUAAUUAAUGACGAAAAAGUUACUUGAAUUGAAUGUUACAUGUGUUUAGUUCCAAGACUAUGUAGGUUUUGGUUCUUUUUGGUGAGAAUAAUUGAACAAUGCUCUGCUUUCAAAUACUUGCUUGGUCUGUGAUUUUCUUGUACUUUCUUCCCGUGAUGUAAUAGUGCCAGUGUUUUGCUUUUACCUGUUCGGUAACUGCUCCCA